AUGGCGCACUUCUUCGUUUACAUCGCGUGCUUCGUCUUCGCUUUAAAUUCGGCCACUGCCGAUCAAGAUAAGAUCAAGAUCACCAUCGGAACAACAGCUGGUUGCAGCAAUACAGCAAAGUUCAUCAACGAACAACUAGUACACACUUACAAACAAUACAAAGACAAUUUGGAGAUAGAAUUCGUGCCGUGGGGUCGAACGGUGAGGGAUGUAACCGGAGCGUUGUCCUGCCAGUACGGGAAGAAAGACUGCUGGGCUAACAGGCUUCAGAGAUGCGUCUUGAAUUUGCUGAAGGACACUACCGCUCAACUGAACUACAUGCAGUGUGAGUUCUCCAGACCUUUCCCUUCAUACGUGCAAAACAACUAUCGCUGUGCUAGGACGGCUGGCGUAUACAAACCUGCGCUGCAAUGUAUGAAUAGAGGUUUUGCGGAACUAGACCGGGCUGCGGAGGAAAAAGCUAGACUUCCUAUGCAACUCAUCAACUACGUUCCAUCGAUCUCGAUCAAUGACAUCCACGACUCCGGCGUUCAUAAUGCAGCUAUAGCUGGAUUGUCAGAAUUUAUCAAAAAAGAAUUGAAUGCUCAGAUUCUUCCAAAACCUACUACAAUUGCUUACUAG